GGACAUCCAACACCUCCCUGAAUGGGAGAUAGACACAGGUCCUCCGUCCUUAACCGAGGUUACUAAAGCUGUCACCAAUCUGAAGCUAGGCAAAGCAGCGGGACCUGAUUUAUUGACUCCAGAGGUAUUUAAGUACGGAGGCGACAGUUUACUGUCUGCGUUAACGGAGGUUCUAGGCAGCGUCUGGGAAUCAGAGGAAGUCCCAUCGGGUUGGUGUAAGUCACUGAUCAUCCCGAUAUACAAGAAGGGGGACAAGUCGUCUUGUGAUAAUCACAGAGGGAUUAGCUUGACUAAUAUAGUAUCUAAAAUCCUAGGCUCAAUAAUACUGCGUAGAUUAAGUGGUGCUCGGGAGACACAAACACGAGAAAACCAGGCAGGUUUUAGGCCAGGUAGAGGGUGUAUUGAUCACAUCUUCACCCUUCGACAGAUUCUAGAACAUAGGCAUUCCUACCGGCGUCCGACAAUCAUUAUAUUUCUUGACCUAAAGGCGGCAUUCGAUUCUGUCGACCGGGAGGUUCUCUGGCGAUGCUUGGCUGUAAAGGGAAUGCCAAGAAAAUACAUUGCACUGAUUAAGGCACUCUACUCGUACUCAUGCAGCCAGGUGAGGGCUUAUGGCGAGUUGUCAUCUGAAGUGGUGACGACUAGUGGCGUCCGUCAAGGAUGCCCAUUAUCCCCAUUCCUAUUCAAUUUCAUCAUAGAUGUACUAAUGGACUUAACCCUAACUCACUUCAGCGACUCAGGGAUUGACUUGCUACCAGGGAAGAAUCUCGUUGACUUAGAAUAUGCGGACGAUAUAGUCCUUCUAGGCGAGGACUCUGACAAAAUGCAGAGUCUACUGAACACCCUGAGCAACAAUCUCCGCAUGUUUGGCAUGCGAUUCGCCCCUAUAAAAUGUAAGAUGAUGCUGCAGGAUUGGACUUCAUCGACCCCUAGAUUAGAAAUAGGAAGUGAAGUGGUAGAACACGUUGACCGCUUCACUUACUUGGGAAGUACCAUCAGCCCCAACGGGUUGAUCUCCGACGAAAUUUCAGCACGAAUACAGAGGGCUAGGUUCGCAUUCGCCAGUUUUCGCCGUCUCUGGCGUAGACGCGAUAUCCGACUAUCGACCAAAGGGCGUGUGUACUGCUCAACAGUCCGCUCCGUCCUCCUUUAUGGCUGUGAGACCUGGCCAUUGAGAGCAGAAGACAUGAAAAGAUUAGCUGUCUUCGAUCAUAGGUGUCUGCGUUCUAUCUCCCGCGUGAAGUGGUAUAAUAAGGUGAGCAAUAUUGAGGUUAGGCGUCGAGUGCUAGGUAAGGCGGGGAAAUCAAUCGACGAGACUGUGAAAUUACUUCGACUGAGAUGGUUAGGACAUGUGCUACGUAUGCCUAGUCAUCGCCUUCCUCGACGGGCAAUGUUAGCUGAUAUAGGGUCAGGCUGGAAAAGAGCUAGCGGCGGUCAAACCAAAACAUGGCACCAAUCAAUGAAAUCCACAACAGUUAAUCUAAGCCACGUAGGAAGAUGUAGACUUCCUGGUUGGGGCCCUCGGGAUGGUAAAAACCAAUGGUUGGAAACAAUUGGUGACAUGGCUCAAAAUCGUUCUCAGUGGCGCAGAUGCAUCCACUCCUUGUGACUUAUGAUUUCCAAUUAAACUUUUGUUCUCCGUUAUUACUAUUCCUUUGUCUCACACCUCUGUUUACUGUCUAUAUUAUGCAUUUCUUCUACUUUCUUCUCUUGCUUUGCGUGCUACAUAGAUUGUGGCGACUUGAACUGCCGCACAUAUGUGCAAAGUUCUAUGUCGAAAACCGACCGACCGACCGAC